GGGGACGGCCGCGCCGAGGGCGCCAAGGACUUGGAGCGGCAGCUCCGCCUGCGCGUGUGCGUGCUCAGGGAGCUGCAGAAGACCGAGCGCGACUACGUGGGCACGCUCGAGUUCCUGGUGUCGGCAUUCUUACACAGGAUGAACCAGUGUGCUGCAUCCAAAGUUGACAAAAAUGUAACAGAAGAAACAGUGAAGAUGCUCUUCUCCAACAUUGAAGACAUCCUGGCUGUACAUAAAGAAUUUUUAAACGUUGUCGAAGAAUGCUUGCAACCUGAACCUAAUGCGCAGCAAGAAGUUGGGACCUGCUUUCUACACUUCAAAGACAAGUUUCGUAUCUAUGAUGAGUAUUGUAGCAACCAUGAGAAGGCACAAAAAUUGCUUCUUGAGCUUAACAAAAUAAGAACAAUCCGGACCUUUCUUUUGAACUGCAUGCUACUUGGAGGACGAAAGAACACAGACGUCCCCCUGGAAGGCUACUUAGUCACACCGAUACAAAGAAUAUGCAAGUACCCUCUCCUUUUGAAGGAGUUGUUGAAACGGACUCCAAGGAGACACAGUGAUUAUGCUGCCGUGAUGGAAGCCCUUCAAGCCAUGAAAGCUGUCUGCUCCAACAUCAACGAGACCAAGAGACAGAUGGAAAAACUGGAAGUUUUAGAGGAAUGGCAAUCUCACAUUGAAGGCUGGGAGGGGUCCAACAUUACCGACACCUGCACGGAAAUGCUAAUGUGCGGAGUAUUGUUGAAAAUUUCUUCUGGAAAUAUUCAAGAACGAGUGUUCUUUCUUUUUGACAAUCUUUUGGUGUAUUGCAAAAGAAAACACAGGCGGUUGAAGAACAGCAAGGGAUCUGCAGACGGACAUCGAUACCUUUUUCGUGGCAGGAUCAACACGGAGGUGAUGGAAGUUGAGAAUGUGGACGAUGGCACAGCUGACUUCCAUAGCAGCGGGCACAUUGUCGUUAAUGGAUGGAAGAUACAUAACACAGCCAAAAAUAAGUGGUUUGUGUGUAUGGCAAAAACAGCUGAAGAGAAGCACGAAUGGUUUGAAGCUAUUUUGAAGGAGAGAGAACGGCGAAAAGGUUUAAAAUUAGGAAUGGAGCAAGACACCUGGGUAAUGAUCUCUGAACAGGGCGAGAAACUUUAUAAGAUGAUGUGUAGCCAAGGAAAUCUGAUCAAAGACCGAAAAAGAAAAUUGACGACAUUCCCUAAAUGCUUUCUUGGAAGCGAAUUUGUGUCCUGGUUGUUAGAAAUUGGAGAGAUUCACAAGCCUGAGGAGGGAGUGCACUUGGGACAAGCAUUAUUAGAAAAUGGCAUCAUCCACCACGUUACUGAUAAACAUCAGUUCAAACCAGAACAGAUGUUAUAUAGGUUUCGCUACGAUGACGGAACAUUUUAUCCAAGAAACGAGAUGCAGGACGUGAUUUCUAAGGGUGUAAGGCUGUACUGCCGUCUUCAUAGUCUGUUUACCCCAGUGAUAAGAGAUAAAGAUUACCAUUUAAGGACCUACAAAUCUGUGGUUAUGGCCAACAAACUGAUAGAUUGGUUAAUUGCACAAGGGGAUUGCCGAACCAGGGAAGAGGCGAUGAUAUUUGCUGUUGGACUCUGUGACAAUGGAUUUAUGCAUCAUGUUCUGGAGAAAAGUGAAUUUAAAGAUGAACCCUUACUUUUUCGAUUUUUUGCGGAUGAAGAAAUGGAAGGAUCAAAUAUGAAGCAUCGGCUUAUGAAACAUGAUUUAAAAGUUGUGGAAAAUGUUAUAGCUAAAUCAUUACUGAUUAAGUCUGACAAAGGCAGUUAUGGCUUUGGGUUAGAAGACAAAAAUAAAGUUCCAAUGAUAAAGUUGGUAGAAAAGGGGUCCAAUGCUGAGAUGGCUGGGAUGGAAGUUGGGAAGAAGAUUUUUGCUAUUAAUGGCGACCUGGUUUUCAUGAGACCUUUCAACGAAGUGGACAGCUUCCUGAAAUCAUGCUUAAACAGCAGAAAACCCCUGAGAGUUCUCGUGAGCACAAAGCCAAGGGAGACAGUGAAAAUUCCAGAUUCCGCGGAUGGACUUGGGUUCCAGAUCCGGGGAUUUGGUCCAUCAGUUGUCCAUGCGGUUGGAAGAGGGACUGUGGCGGCAGCAUCUGGUCUUCACCCUGGACAAUGCAUUAUCAAAGUCAAUGGAAUCAAUGUCAGCAAAGAGACCCACGCCAGUGUCAUUGCCCACCUGACAGCCUGUCGGAAAUACAGGCGGCCUAUGAAGCAAGAUGCCAUACAGUGGGUUUAUAACAGCAUUGAAAGUGCUCAAGAAGACCUUCAAAAGUCUCACUCUAAACUCCCUGGAGAUGAAGCAGGGGAUGCCUUUGAUUGCAAAGUAGAGGAGGUGAUUGACAAGUUCAACACCAUGGCCAUCAUUGAGGGGAAGAAGGAGCAUGUGAGCCUGACUGUGGAUAACGUGCACCUGGAAUACGGGGUCGUGUAUGAGUACGAUAGCACUGCUGGGAUCAAGUGCAACAUGGUGGAGAAAAUGAUUGAGCCCAAAGGUUUCUUCAGCUUAACUGCCAAGAUUCUCGAAGCCCUGGCUAAAAGUGAUGAUCAUUUUGUACAAAGCUGUACCAGCCUCAACUCUUUAAAUGAAGUGAUUCCUACUGACCUUCAGAGUAAAUUUAAUGCCAUUUGCAGUGAAAAAAUUGAGCACAUAUGUCAAAGAAUAUCCAGCUACAAAAAGUUUUCCCGUGUUCUGAAGAAUAGAGCCUGGCCCACCUUUAAACAGGCCAAAUCCAAAAUCUCCCCACUGCACAGCAGUGACUUCUGCCCUACCAACUGUCACAUCAAUGUGAUGGAAGUUUCUUAUCCCAAAACAUCAACCUCCCUGGGGAGCGCAUUUGGUGUACAGUUGGACAGUAGGAAGCACAAUUCUCACGAUAAAGAUCAUAAAUCUUCUGAUCAAGGGAAACUGAGCCCAAUGGUGUACAUUCAGCACACAAUUACAACGAUGGCAGCCCCUUCCGGCCUGUCACUGGGACAGCAAGACGGGCAUGGUCUCCGGUAUUUGUUGAAGGAAGAAGACUUAGAAACCCAGGAUAUAUAUCAGAAACUGUUGGGAAAACUUCAGACUGCCCUGAAAGAGGUGGAGAUGUGUGUUUGCCAAAUAGAUGACCUUCUGUCUUCAAUCACAUACUCUCCAAAAGUAGAACGUAAGACGCCGGAGCCCCUCACACCGACAGACAGUGACAAUGAAAAGGGUGAGAGAAACAGUAAGAGAGUGUGCUUUAACGUAGCAGGAGAUGAACAGGAAGAUUCGGGCCACGACACCAUCAGCAACAGAGACUCGUACAGUGACUGCAACAGCAACAGGAAUUCUGUUGCCUCCUUCACCAGUGUCUGCAGCAGCCAGUGCAGCUCGUAUUUUCACAGCGACGAGAUGGAUUCAGGUGAUGAACUUCCCCUGAGUGUUCGCAUUUCCCAUGAUAAACAGGACAAGAUACACAGCUGCCUGGAGCAUCUUUUCAGCCAGGUGGAUUCGAUUACCAAUCUCCUCAAAGGGCAAGCCGUAGUGAGGGUCUUUGAACAAACCAAAUACCUCACACCAGGUCGAGGAUUGCAAGAAUUUCAACAGGAACUGGAGCCCAAGCUGAGCUGUCCAAAGAGAUUAAGGCUUCACAUCAAGCAAGAUCCUUGGAACCUUCCCAGCAGUGUGCGGAACCUUGCACAGAACAUCCGAAAAUGUGUUGAAGAGGUAAAGUGUAGGAUACUCUGGGCUCUUCUUGAAUAUUCAGACAGUGAGACGCAGCUCCGGAGAGACAUGGUCUUCUGCCAAAGCCUCGUAGCCACCGUCUGUGCUUUCUCCGAGCAGCUUAUGGCCGCCUUAAACCAGAUGUUUGACAACAGCAAAGACAACGAGAUGGAAACUUGGGAAGCCAGCAGAAGGUGGCUGGACCAGAUCGCGACCGCGGGUGCUCUGUUUCACUUUCAGUCCCUGCUGUCACCCAACCUGACAGAUGAACAAGCCAUGCUGGAAGAUACACUCGUUGCACUAUUUGACUUGGAGAAGGUUUCCUUUUACUUUAAACCCUCGGAAGAGGAGCCACUGGUUGCAAAUGUCCCUCUUACAUACCAAGCUGAAGGAAGCCGGCAAGCCCUGAAGGUUUACUUCUACAUCGACAGUUAUCAUUUUGAACAACUGCCUCAACGUUUGAGAAAUGGAGGAGGGUUUAAAAUUCAUCCUGUUCUCUUUGCACAAGCACUGGAGAGCAUGGAAGGGUAUUACUACAAGGACAGUGUUUCAGUGGAAGAGUUUCAAGCCCAGAUAAAUGCAGCCUCACUGGAGAAGGUCAAGCAGUACCACCAGAAGCUCAGGGCUUUCUACCUGGACAAGUCAAAUUCACCACCAAACUCAACAUCCAAAGCUGCCUAUGUCGAUAAGCUAAUGAGGCCUCUCAAUGCUUUGGAUGAGCUUUAUCGACUGGUGACCUCAUUUAUCAGGUCCAAGCGCACAGCUGCCUGUGCGAACACGCCGUGCAGCGCCUCCGGAGUGGGCCUGCUCUCGGUCUCCUCGGAGCUGUGCACCAGGCUGGGCGCCUGCCACAUCAUCAUGUGCAACAGCGGCGUGCACCGGUGCACCCUGAGCGUGACGCUGGAACAGGCCAUUCUUCUAGCCAGAUGCCACGGGCUGCCUCCACGCUACAUCAUGCAGGCUACCGAUGUGAUGCGGAAACAGGGAGCCAGAGUCCAGAACACAGCAAAGAACUUGGGAGUCAGAGACCGGACCCCACAGUCUGCCCCCAGGUUGUACAAGCUUUGUGAGCCACCUCCCCCAGUUGGAGAAGAAUGAAGAGAAUUGUCAAGGGCCAGGCAAGCAGAAACUUCUGGCCUAGACAAAGGGCAGCUGGUUAAAUGCUCUUCACGCAAAGAUCAAGAGUUGGGGUUUGGGUUUUUUGUUUUUUUUCUGUACAUCUUCUCCUGUGGUAUGAAGAACUAGCCUUCGGUUUAUUCUUGGACAUUGAUAUUAGGAAUGAAUAAAAAUUCAUUCAGAAUAUUCAGCUUCACAAACUGAUCUAUGGAUUGAAAUUAAGCAUUCAGUUUUUUAAUUUCAAAAGUUAUGCCUUUGAUUUAUGAGGGGAAACAAUCCACGAUUACAAAGAAAAUAACCACUGGUUUUCUUUCCAUUUAUGAAAAUGUUUUGCUGUGUGUUUUCACUUCCUCCCAUGGGGUCUAGAGAAUGCUGGAUGUUUACCGAGGAUUCUGUCACUGAAAUCAUGACACAAAAUUAUCAAGGACAACAUAGAUUUGGGGUCACUGAUUUUCAGUUUCUCCCUGUGCAGGGAAGGUGGAUGAGCAUUCUUUACUCUUUCCCUGGAGAGGAGCUGACCUCAGUAGAGAGGAGCUGCGUGCAGCCUUCGGCAUGAACAUGCUUUUGGGUGUCCUUUCUACCCAGGAAGAUUGUAGGUGAGGAGUCCUGCUCCGGGCUGUUGUAACAGAUACGCCCUCCAUGGGCCGUGCUUGGGGAGGGCUGUACCAAAUGGGUCCUGAGUGGGAAGAAGCAGGAACCAGAAAGCUCAGGGAAGGAAGACCAGAGUAAAUAGAAGAAAAUAGCUUUUAAAAACCUUAACCUUGACAAGAAAGCCUAAAACUCUUUAUUUCACAUAAGAUAUGAGAAGGAAUCAGUAUGAAUAUGUGAAAAUACAGCUGUGUUUGUUUUAAUUUAAAAGUGCUUGGGACCUUGUUAGUUAGUGAAUCCACAAGGAUUAACCUGUUUUCAGUUUCCAUUGUAAAUUAUACCUAAGGUUCUUCCUGUUUCCAUUGAUAAAUAUUUUAACAGUGAAAUCAGUCAUAUUAUUUUUAAAUCCGUAAUUCUCAAAACAGUUACAGUCCCUUUAUUAUCACUGUGAUGAUUAUGAAGAUCUCAUUAAUCCACUGUGUGAGUAUCAAUGGAUUGACUCAGUAGUCAGGGCUCAAACAGAAGACAUCAUGAAGAUACACCGACUGGGACAACUUUUUCCUGUUACACUUGCCCUCACUCACACGCGUCACAGAAUACCCCGGGACAACUCACGGUAACAGCUGCGUGUCAAAGGCCUUUCACGCCUAAAAUGCAUACAAAGAAUGUAACUCUUGGUGACCUAAUUUCAACUUAUGGAAUUUGUCAUCCUUGACAGACUAUCCUUGACAGACUAUCACAAUAGCCUCAUUCUAGCAGUUGCGAGUUGAAGAAUGAAAUUUCAUGUUCUAUAUGGAAUGACAUGUUUGCCUACUGGUCAAGGUAAUAAUGUUAUUUGACACAGAAGCACUUGUGACUCUGCUGUAAACAUAUUUAUAGUACAAAAAUAAGGAAAGUCUUUUGAAAGAGUUUUGAAGAUAAUCUCUUAAAUCUAUAUAAAAAGUUGAACAUUUUGAGUUUAAUGAAAAGAUGUCUUUAAUGUACCGUCUAUGCUAAGUGUACUCUUAACUUUCAGGGUCACGAUAGGUGGUCAUGUGUAACUUUGCCAAACUGAAAAUCUAGAUCCUUUUAACCCAGAGCUACUGCAGGACUACAAUUGAUGAACUAACAGAUACUUUUCAAACUGAUACUGCUGUUUUCCUAUCUUUAUUCUGAGAUCACUAAUUCUCUUUGAAGGGUUGAAGGACAGGUCACGCAAACACUAGUCAUCCCCACUCUGCUGCAGGGAAGUGAGUUGCUCUUGUGGAAGUCAUGAGGAGCAUGCUGUAAGGACUUGCACUCUCGAUCGGAGAAAUGUUGCUCUCUACAAUAGUAAACAUGUGUCAUUUUCUUUCCAGGGUUAGCAGACAUGUAUAGUUUUAUUUUAGGGUUAAAAAUAAUAUUCCCCUUUGCCAGGGUGCUGGGCGAUGACUACAUGCUCAGAAUUUAGAAAGGGUUUAUAGGAACAUUACUCACUCUAAUCAUUGCGAUUAUAAUAAAAGUUGUAGCUAAGCACAUAGGAAGUGAUUCAAUCACUGAACACUGAAACCACUACCCACAGAGUCUGUUCUGACUUGUGUUGGCCCCACAUGUGUCAGACCAGAACUGUGCUUCCUGGGGUUUUCAAUGGCUGAUUAUUAUUUAGAAGUCCAUUGCCAGGCCUGCCCUCUGAGCUGAACAGCGCUUUGAUGUGUUGUACCUGGGUUUGAUUGUUAGGGCCUCACUCAAGGUGCUACUUGCUACUCUUGACUUCACUCUACUGUGAUAGUCAGGGCAUCGAGUAAGAAACGGACUGGCAAUUUGUCCAAGUCACUUGAUUGGCACAUGAUAGAAGCCGGAUAUGACUCUAGGAACUCUGCCCUCUUCACCGAUACAUUGCACUGCUUCUCGUUAACCAUGUAAGGAGUAUUGCAAUAUUUCCAGUUAUUAGUACACCUGGGACUUGUGUUGCCAUUAAAUUUUACGAAUUAUAUUUUCCUCAUUAUUUAACACAAAAAGAAAGAAUAUCUGUCAAUGUUUACUUAUGUUGAAUAUGUAAUAUUGACUUCAGAGUGCAAACUUUACAAGCAAACAUCCACGUUUUAGAAGGCUCACACUAGUUUCUAUCUAUCGUAGCACUUUUUUCUGGUGCUUAAAUUCUUUGUGCACUCUUGGGCCAUUCUUAUAGCAGCAAUGUUCAAUUUGAAAUUAGAUUAAUUGAUUUAAUUAGGUUGAUUAAUUAAAUAGGUUACUUUUUAUUAUAAUAUAUGACAUAGAAUCCAACACCACUAAUUUAAAUGCUGUGAUAAUUAAGGGUAUAGCAACAUGAUAUUGGCUUCGGCACCAGUUGUAAAAGCCAAGAGAACAAACAGGUGAACAAAUUCCAGCAGCAUAUUAACAUAAGGAAAGAGCUUGAAGCACUUUUAACACAGGCAUUGUUUUUUGCAAAAUUAGUGUUUCAUUCACUGGCAGCCCUUAUUUGAGACUAACUGCAUGAAUUUGAAAUGAAGAAAUUUUAUUUAAAAUGCUGGGGCCUCCUUACUUUCCAUCCUUACUGUAUUUAAAGUGCUAUGAAAUCCUUACUGUUAUUAAAAUAUAUCUUCUCCCAUAUAGUAUGUUACACAGGCCAGUGAACAUAUUCGUACUCACUUUAAAUUUUGAAAAAUUGCAAUGUUGAAAUUUAGUGAACAACUUUUAAGUCAUUUUUUCACGAAUGACUCUAAAAGUCAUUUUCACCCUUUCUUCAUUAAUAGUAUUUACUAAUAUUAAAAGCAACCUUUAGCAUUUGACUCAAUUAUUACUGAAUUUUUGAACACUGUCUAUUUUUGAAGGCUUGUUUUCAUGUAUAUUAUAUUACUACGUUAUAGGUUAAUACAUUUUCCAAAGUCAGUAGUGGUUAUUUCGUUAGCAUACAUGCACGUUAUCCAACUUGCUGAAUGAACUGGCUGUUGUCCUGCUUAAGUAGAAGGGCCAAACUUUUGAAGCAGUUUAGGGUUAUCUGAAUUUUUAACUAAGAGAAACAUCUUCUACUUCAUAAGUGUUCAAGGUUUUGGUAACAAACUUCAGAAAAGCUUAACUUGCAUGAAGCAGAACAGGUAGGAAAAAGUUACAAUAGGGUUCUUUGACCAAGAACGGACCCCAGACUAAUGCCUUUAACAAAGUCAGGAUUUUUCUAGAUACUGACAAUCAUUAUGGCUAGGCUUUAGCUCCAGUAAUAAAGUAUUGCAUUGAAGCCUUGCCUUGGCCAAUCAUCCCAUGUUGCCACACGCCCCCUAUGCACGUAUGGAGGGAUGUUUCAUUACCAUCUGUAGAUCCAUCCUACCUCCCUUGCCAGCAGUUGUUACGUAGAAAAGCUCACGUUACUCAGAUAGUUAUUUCAUUGGGAAGAGGUAUCUGAAGCAUACUAAGCUAUCCAGGUAUUUACUACUUUUUAUUUUAUGAUAAAUACACUUCAGAAAUUACUGAGAUCCUUGUGUUGUAAAUGAAGAUAUUGAACAUGGACGUUUUAAAUGUAUUGAACAUCUGUGCUAUAGACAUUACCAAACCCACUGCGUGGAGUCGGUUUUGACUCAGAGGACAGAGUUAACUGCUCCCUGGGGUUUCCUAAGCUGUAACUCUUUAAAUGAGCAUAACUAAAUGUGCCAUAAUAAUAUCUUGUAGAGCAUACCAUUCAACCUACAGUCAGCUUGGCUUUACCAUCCACAGGUAGCUGAUGAAAAACAAGAUUGUUGAGUUUUUACAUUAUGUUUCUACUUAGAGUAGAAAAGUUUGGAUAAUAAAUCUUUGGUGCAAAUAACAGAACCGAUGUUUCCCACUCACACGAUCAUUCAAUAAAUGUUCUUGAUAAUUCAUUACACGCAAGACAUAGCCAGUAGGCCUGGGGUGUGUGUUGAUUGUGUUUGAUUCUAAUAUCUUCACGGUAUCUUUUGGGUAUUGAUGUCUCCUUGUGUCUCUCGCUUAAAAUGACAGUGUUUGCAACACAGGUCUAUUCUAAUACUAAAGGUUUAUGAGAAUACCCUGUUGUCUUUGAAUUUAAUUUUCCAUGAAUUUUUGAAGCUCCUUUGAGGGGCAUUAAAAACAUUCAUGAAAAAAUGAAAUUCAAAUACAAUGGUAUUUUUCUAUGAUAUUUUUGAAGCACUCUCAAUCUAAUGCUCCAUAAAUGUAUUUAGCUAUAUAACGAAGCCAAGAACACUAAAUUGGUGAAAUGCUUUAGAAAACCUUCAUUGUAAUUUGAACGAUUUCAAGCAAAAAGAUUAUACCAGAGCAUGCUUCCUUAUUUAUCGCUUUUCUUGUUAUCUGAUAUUUUGCACUUACAACAAGAUCUAUAUAUACAUAUAUUUAAAAUCUACUAUCCAAAUACACUCCUGGCAGUAACUAGCACUGAGGUCCCUGAAAGGGGUCCCUGACUGGUGGACUCCAUGUGCUUAUAAAAAGCUCUGAAUUGCAUAGUAUUUUAACAUCUGGUAAGUAAGAGAAGUUUGAUCUCCCCAAGCCCCCAGAGUACUAGCAGGGUGGAGGGUAGGGGACUGGAGGGGUGUCAGUGAGAAUAGGGUGCUGCCCAGCAGGUCUGAGGUGCUCAUAGGGCCACUGAGGCUGGGAUCUGGCUCUAGCUCCCAGCAGAGGUGUAAUAGGGAUAUGCUAGGGUAGGCCAUGGUCAGAAGGGGCCCUGAGAUGGGAAGUCAGAUGCACGGAGCCCAUGAGACACCACUUUAGCUGAUCAGCACCAUUAGCAUCUUAGUCUUACUUGCUAGCCCUGUCUGGGUGAGCCCAGGUGAGGGCUGGCCAGGCUACUGGGUGGUGAUAGCAUCAGCAGUAAGUAGCCAACAGCAAAUGAGCAGUUUAAGUUCAAGGGCAGAGGGUGAUCCUAGCCAUCACCACCUUAGAAGCAGCUUUGGACUAUUGAUUCUAAAAGGGGUAAAGGGGAGCAGGGUGAAGAGGGUCUUCCCCAGCAAGAUCCAGGAGAAUCGCAGAGGAGGGGCCAGUGAAAACCCAGUGGACAGCAUGCACCCUUGUAGCACCCAGGUUCUCCCAUCCAUGGGCACAGGGCUUCUGGCCCUGCCCCCAUAGCUCCAAAGGGCAUUUUAGCGUUGUUGUGGGGAUGAGCCAGUUCCAGCCAUUCUGAAAAUACAGAGGGGAUGGGGGUGCAGUCAGUGCUUGGGUUAUCAUACCUCUACAAGACUAUAAAGCUCUCUCUCUCUUUUUUUCUUGUGGCUUUGGGGCCAGGCUCUCUUGAGACAAUGUGGAGGGGGGAGGCAGCAGUGGCAGCUGACCCCAACAGGGGACUGUUGAAACAUUCACAGCACAGGGGUGAGGGGAGGUAAUCUGGGCAUCCUUCAUUUUUGCAUAACACUGAGCUGAUCUUUGGAACCUAGCCAUGUCAUUAAGUGGGAAGUGGGUAUAAUUUCAGAUGAAUCUAUAUUUUUGUAACUGCCAAAUAAAUACAUAGAGCAUAGCCUUUUGCUUUAAAAGUAUUUUUAUAAGUACUCAUUUACACAGUAUUAUUUUGAAUAAUAAAAUAUUAAAUUGGUUCUGUGCAUAGUACUUCUUUUGAAUAUAUUCAUUUAUAUUUAACAUUGUAUAACAAACAUCAACAUUUUCAUGAUCAAUUUCCUUUGAGUGUUUUAUUGUAAGCUUUUAUUACUUUGUAAAAUAUACAUGUAACAUAAUUUCAAUCACUCACUUUUGUGUAUGGCUAAAAUGAUCACAGUGAAUUAUGUGUUUGUGUCAUUUAUUUUUGUCUCAACAAAGGACUGGAAUAGUAACAUUGUAUCAUAAAUGUCAAUAAUAAUAAAUUGAAGUGUAGUAUGACUA